AUGAAAAAAGAAUAUGUUGGUAAAGAAUGUUCUGAUGAAAAUUAUUUUCAAAAAUAUACUAUAUUUAAUUCAUAUUUACAAACUAAAACUCUUGCUGAUGUGAACAAUGAUUUAAACGAAUACCACAGUCUACCAGUCAAUAAAGAAUCUUUGGUUGAAUGUGAAUUUCAAAAAGACACUGAGAUAAACUCAUGUUUGCAAAAUAAAGGAGAGGACUUAGGUACAAAUGUCGAGGAAAAUGAGACUGUCUUUACGGAUAAAUUAAAGAAUUUUGAACGUUUGCCUGCAUCAACAGCUCAAACUUCAUCUAUUGUACCAAGCAAUUUACUUCAAAACUGUAUUGACCUUGAAAUACGUGCUGAACAUUUAUCUAUUGAUCCGGGGAUUCUUCGAAAUUUGAAAUUAUCGCCCGAAGAGAAAAUAAAUAUUAUUCAAAGAGGCCCAUGUCAACCUACAGAAAUCGACACAAAUUUUCCUAAGUCAAAUGGUCGACGUUUUUUGUCGAAAUUUUACUGGAAUGAAUUUACCAACGGAGAACGUUUCAAUAGAGAUUGGUUGAGUUAUUCCAUUUUAUUUGAUAGAGUUUUUUGUAUAUACUGUAUGUUUUUUGGUAAGAAUUCACAGAAAGCUUGGACGUACGAUGGCUUUCAUGCGUGGCAAAGACCUAAAGAUAUUAGUAUACAUGAGAAGACUACUCCACACAUCAACGCAACUGUUACUAUCAAAAUGAAAUUGUUAUCCAUGCCUGUGUUACCAGCACUUAUUGAAAAAAGAAAAAUGCAAGUAGAAUUUAACAGAGAAAUAGUUCAUCAACUUAUAGAGGUUACACUGUAUCUUGGCAGACAUUCCUUAGCAUUCCGUGGGCAUAGAGAAGGCUUCAAUGAAAAUAUUCGUGGUAAUUUUAAAGAUUUAGUCAUUCUAUUAAGUAAAUGGUCACCAUCUUUGGCUAUUUAUUUAGAAAGAUUACAAUCAACCGGUCGAAAUGAAACAAACUUUUUAUCCUGGCAACGGCAAAAUCAAUUAAUUGAUUCUGUUUCAACUAUUAUCAACAAAUCUAUUAAAAAAGAAAUUAUUGAUACUAAGUAUUUUAGUGUCUCUAUUGAUACAACAUUCGACUCAUCUAAAAGAGAGCAAUUAGCUUUUGUUGUACGGUAUGUUAGUUUUUCUAAUAAAAUCCCAGAAAUUCAAGAACGGCUGAUUGCAUUAAAAGAAUCUUCUCUUACUACUGGUCAAAGAUUGUUUGAAAUCUUUAAAGAUAUUUGUAAUGAAAGAGAAUUAAACUGGAAACAACACUUAAUUGGUCAGAGUUAUGAUGGUGCCAGUAACAUGCGAGGUGAGUACGAAGGUCUACAAGCAUUGGUUCUUCAGCAAAAUCCUUCUGCCAUUUACAUCUGGUGCUAUUCCCAUAGAUUAAACCUUGUAGUUAUACAAAUGGCGAGUACUUCUUCAAAUGCAGUUGACACAUUUGGAAACUUAGAAUUUUUGUACAGUUUUAUAUCAUCUAGUAAGAAAAGAAUUGCUUUUUUUAAAAAAUCACAAAAAAAACAUUAUCCCAAUCAGAAUGUUCACCGUUUAAAGCGAGUUGAAACCACGAGGUGGAUGUCAUAUUCCUCAGCUCUAAAUAAUGUUUUACUUACAUACAAUGCUGUAAUUGAGACAUUGGAGUAUAUAGUAAGUGAAGAAAGUAGACUAGACUUUAAGGUUGGAGCUAAAGCAUCAGAAAUAUUCACAGAAUCCAAUUGCUUUAUGAGUGAUCGUGCUGAUGAAUUUGAAUUCACUCAAUUAGUAGUAAAUAGAAGUAGAACUAAAAAAAAACAAUUCGAUGAAAAUUCUAGUGAUGAACCAGUAGUAGAUCCUAAGCUGAAAUUUAAAAUUGAUACUUAUUUUGGCACACUUGAUGCAGCAAUAAUGUUUAUAGAUCGGAAUGAGUUGUGUAAUGAAUAUAUUCAGUUUGCAAAUUUGUAUUCUGACUUUGAAAAAGUAACUAAACUACCAAAAAAUAUUUAUCCAUUUACUUCCAAUAUUAACACUUCUGACAUUGAAAGUAAUGUGGAGAUUUUAACAUCAGAUGAAGAAUUAAACAAUGAUCAAACACAAAAAGAUAUUAUGAAUACAGGAAGCUCAUUAACAUUACUACAAAUAUGCUAUUCAGCUGGACUUCAUAGUGUAUUCCCUACAUUGUUUAUGGCCCUUCGGAUUGCUUGUACAUUGCCAGUAUGUAGUGUAACCACUGAAAGAACUUUUUCUAAAUUAAAAAUUAUCAAAAAUCGGUUAAGGAGCACUAUGAAACAAGAUUGUCUUGAGUCAUUAUUAAUAAUAUCAUGUGAGUCCGAUGUGCCCAUAGAUAAUGAUGAAGUGGUUGAUAUAUUUGCAAAAUGCAGUACAGUACUAAGCAAAAAACUUAUUGGUUGA